AUGGGCACCUCGGGCACCUCGGGCACCUUGGGCACCUCGUCGCGCCGCCCCGCAUCCCUCCUGCUGCUCCCGCUCUCUUCCCGAGACAACAGCAUUUGCAGGAAUAUUUACAAAGGGCUCUCCGGGCUGAGGAGCCGCCUGGGAGGAGGCCCCGCGGCCAUCGCCCGAUACGCGGCGCAGAGCACGGGGCUGAGCGUGCCCUCGAGCGGGCUGGAGCUGCUGGUGCUGAAGGGCAAAGCCCCCCCAGAAGUGAAGUCCGAAGCUAAAGCUGCCCUGAACCAAGCGCUUGAAAUGAAGCGGCAAGGAAAGCGGGAGAAGGCCCACAAACUCUUUGUUUAUGCCCUCAAAAUAGAUCCCGAUUACGUGGAUGCCCUGAAUGAAUUCGGCAUCUUUUCUGAAGAGGAAAAAGACAUUCUUCAGGCAGACUAUUUGUACUCCAAAGCGCUGACCCUUUCCCCGUGCAACGAGAAAGCUUUGAUCAAUCGGGACCGAACUCUGCCCUUGGUUGAAGAGAUAGACCAGAGGUACUUCAGCAUUAUUGACAGUAAAGUCAAAAAAGUGAUGGCAAUCCCCAAAGGCAAUUCCGCCCUGCGCCGGGUGAUGGAGGAGUCCUAUUACCACCACAUCUACCACACGGUGGCUAUCGAGGGGAACACGCUGACGCUGUCGGAGAUACGGCACAUCAUCGAGACCCGCUACGCCGUGCCCGGGAAGAGCCUGGUGGAGCAGAACGAGGUCAUCGGCAUGCACGCCGCCCUCAAGUACGUCAACACCACGCUCGUGUCGCGCAUCGGCUCCGUGAGCAGCAGCGACAUCCUGGAGAUCCACCGGCGCGUGCUGGGCUACGCCGACCCCGUGGAGGCCGGGAGGUUCAGGACGACGCAGGUGUUCGUGGGGCACCACAUCCCGCCGCAUCCGCAGGACGUCGAGAAGCACAUGGAGGAGUUCGUGCAGUGGCUCAACUCCGAGGACGCCAUGAGCCUGCACCCCGUGGAAUUUGCUGCGCUGACCCACUACAAGCUGGUCUAUAUCCACCCCUUCGUGGACGGCAACGGGAGGACCUCGCGGCUCUUGAUGAACCUCAUACUGAUGCAGGCGGGCUACCCGCCCAUCACCAUCCGCAAGGAGCAGCGCGCCGAGUAUUACCACGUCCUGGAGGUGGCCAACGAGGGCGAUGUGAGGCCCUUCAUCCGCUUCAUCGCGAAGUGCACGGAGACGACGCUGGACAUGCUGCUCAUCGCCACCACCGAGUACUCCGUGGGGCUGCCCGAAGCCGACGGCGGCACCGCGGCGCGCGGGAGAACCAUCCCCGUCACCACCUGA